AGCAGGUUGGUGUGCUCCGAGCCAAUCGGCGUCAUGUUGGAUAGAUUUGUGCCACAGAGCAGCGGCGUCUCCAGCGCGGAGCUCCAGCUCAGACUGGCGGACAACAAGAGCAGCCUGGCCGCAGCAGGGAUGGGGAUGGACAACGGCACCGGGAAGAAACUCAUCGAGAUAACCGGACCGGCUUUGUCCAAAAGAAAACUUCUGGUCGGCUUAGACCUGCUCUGCCUCCUCCUUGCCUCCAUCCCUUUCUUCGCAUGUGAGCUGAAGGCAGUGAGUCCUUACAGAAGGGGCUUUAUAUGUGGGGACCCCAGCAUCACCUAUCCUUAUCUGGACCAAGAGGCCAUCACAGAUGAAUUACUCAUCGCCGGUGGCAUCAUCAUCACCGGCCUCACAAUCGCCCUCGGGGAGUGUUACAGGGUACGCUUCCGAGGUGUCAGCUCCAAGGCCUUCAUCAGGAAUCUGUACGUGUCCUGUCUGUAUAAGGAGCUUGGCUGCUUCCUGUUCGGCUGCUGCGUCGGCCAAUCACUGACCAACAUGGCCAAGCUGAGUGUGGGCCGGCUACGACCCUACUUCCUGUCUGUGUGUGGGGUCACUUACGCGUCACUCAACUGCACGCCGGGAAGUUACGUUGCAACAGUGAGCUGCCAACAGCCUGACCACCGGUUAGAGGAAGAGGCCAGGAAGUCCUUCUUCUCGGGCCAUGCUUCCUUUGCCAUGUACACGAUGCUCUAUUUAGCAUUUUACCUGCAGGCCCGGCUGACGUGGGGUGGGGCUCGGCUGCUGAGGCCGGCGCUGCAGUUCUUCCUGGUUUUGCUGGCGGUCUACACAGGCCUGACCCGCAUCUCCGACUACCGGCACCACCCGUCCGACGUGCUGACAGGCUACAUACAGGGAGCCCUCACUGCUUACUGGGUGGCCUUCCACAUCUCCUCCAUGUUCAAAAGCUCCAGUUCAGCCCUCUCUCCAACUGAGACCCUGGACACCCCCCUGUCACCCCACCAUACCGUCUGCUAA